GUAUGUCCCUUCGGUAGGACAAGAUAAAUAGAAUAAUAACGUAGUAUAAAAGUGUAGAAAAGUCAUUAGACAGAUUUUUUAUUAUCGGAAUAUGUAGAAAGCGGCAAAUUUAAUUUAAUAAUAAAAAGUGAUAUCAGAAUGAUCAUGAACAAAUACGAAAAUUAUUUCUACUUUCUUGCGUGGCCAUGUGCCAUUAUUUAUUCUGCAUAUCAACUUUAUUUGUCAACUAAUUACUUCGACAACUACUACGAUGCUUACGGUGAUUUCGAUUCAGGGGGUAUGUGGUCCUGGAUCAAAAGAAAACGAGAUAUCUCAGAUCAAGAGUGGCGUAUAUGGCUUAUAUUGCUUAGUAGACUGGUACCAUGUACUUUUAUACAUCACUUUAUCAGUAAAAUGAUUAAAAUUAAUAAUAACAAUAUGAUAUUAUGCUGUUGGUACAUCUUAGCGUCUGCAAUGUUCCUUUAUUAUUACUUAGGAAUAUUAGGUUUACUAUGCAUAUUGUUGCAACCUAUAUUCUUGCACAUAUUAACGUGUAUGUGCAGCAAGAAUAUAGCAUGGUGUAUACAUGUGUUCUUCCUAUUUAUAAUACAUGUAUUGAAAAUACCAGAUGGUACUUUUCAAAAUUGGCUAGGAUUUAAUGAUGAGCAUCAUUUUAUUUUGACACUUACAAUGUGUUGGAUACAUUUAAGAAGUAUUAGCCAUAAUAUGGACAGUAUUGAUGAACAAUUAAGUAAUAGAAACAAGUUUAUUCAGAGGCUGGCCUAUUGCUUGUACUUACCAACAUUAUUUUUGGGGCCACUUAUAUUGUAUCAUGAAUUCGUAGAGUCUAUUAAUCGGCCACAUCAAUAUUUGAAUUAUAGAAGAAAACUACAAACUUUUAUUUUUAAUUUAUUGAGAUAUAUGUCCUGGGUAUAUUUCACUGAACUGUUAUUACAUUUUCUUUAUAUAAAUGCAAUACAAUAUCAUCCAGAGGUUGUACAAAAUUUGAAUCCUUGGGCACUAUAUGGUUUAGGAUAUUGCAUGGGACAAUUUUUUUUAAAUAAAUAUGUUGUGGUUUAUGGAAUUUGCGGUAGUUUAUGUGAAUUGGAUGAUAUAAAAGCGCCACCACAACCCAAAUGUAUAGGCAGAAUUCACUUAUACUCCGACAUGUGGAAACAUUUUGAUAGAGGAUUUUAUAAAUUUCUUGUAAGGUAUAUUUAUCUCCCGAUUCAAAAAUCUUAUGUGUGCUUUGGGAAGUUAUUUGCAUCAUUUUCAUGUUUCACAUUUGUCCUUAUAUGGCAUGGAGUACAGAUAAAUAUCUUUCUUUGGGCAUUACUCAAUUUUAUAGGAGUAAUAAUUGAAAGUGCAGGAGUAUCAAUUAGUAAAAGCGCACAAUAUCGCAAGAUACAAAAUACGUAUUUAUCCUCGAUAAAUACUAAGAGGUUCCAUUGUAUAUUAGCAAGUCCUCUUUUAGCAAUGUCAGCUAUAUCAAAUUUUUAUUUUUUCGGAGGGCAAGAAAUUGGAAAUAUUUUUGUAUAUCACAUAUUACAUGAAUCCUGGAAAGUCUUAUUUGUUUUACUUUUUUUCCUUUAUUGCUGCUGCCAACUUUCUGUGCACAUUAAAAACUGGGAAUUGCAACAUGUUAAAGGAUAAGAUUUCUUUUCGUAUAAGCUAACAAAAUCAAGUUUUGUUCUUAAUAACAUAUUUGUAAGAAAAAUUAACUCUUUAUAAAUAUAUCUACAAUGCCUUAAGACAUAUUCAUGAAGAAACAUUGGAUGAAUAUUGGAUAAAAGGGAAAGUAUAUGUAAUACAUAGUAUAAAGUGUAUAAAAGCAAAAGUCCGUGCUAAAAUAUUUUUAGAAAUUUAUUUGUAAGUACAAAAUAUGUAGAAAAAUAUGUUGUGUAAACUUAUUGCGACUUAUAAUAUAUAUGCAUUGAAUUAAGACUGACUAUAUAAAUGUGAUAUAUGAGUAUAAUUUUUAUAGAGAAUUAUAUAAGGAUUCUACUUACUUUAUGAUUUGUUAGUGUGAUAUAAAUCAUAUAGGCAUUUAAUUUUAUUAGUCACCAUAUUUGUAAUACGUCGUUCUCUAUAUCUAUGUAGCUGUACGUUUAUGUAUAUAUGUAUAUACAUAAA